AUGCCGCCCCGGACCCUGCGGAUCGUGUCCUGGAAUGUGAAUGGGCUGCGGGCCUGCCUGAAGCGCACACCAUUUCGGGAUGUGGGGCAUCUUCUGGAGAGCCUAGGAGCAGAUGUGGUGUGCCUGCAAGAAACCAAGCUUCGCAAGUCCGAGGUGGUGCGAGAGCUCGCCUUGGUGCCCGGAUGGGACGCUUUUUUCGCGUGCACGCAGAAAGAAAGGGGGUACAGCGGCACGGCCACCUACGUGCGCACGGGCGUUGCGCUGCCCUUUGCCAGCGAGGAGGGCCUCACCGGCUGCCUGGGCCGGCGGGCGGGGGACCCCGAGGGCCUCCUCGCCUUCCACCCCGAGCUUGAGGGCCUGGGGCUGAUGCCCGAGGAGCUGCAGGAGCUGGACGGGGAGGGGCGCUGCGUGGUCACCGACCACGGCGCCUUUGUCCUCUUCAACCUCUACGGCCCUGCCAUCACGUCCAGCGACGACGAGGCGGCGGCGGCGCGCUUCGCGUUCAAGCUGCGCUUCUACGCCGCGCUGCAGGCGCGCUGGGACGCGCUGGCACGCGCUGGGCGCGCCGUGCUCGUCGUCGGCGACCUCAACAUCUGCGCCGCGCCCCUGGACAGCUGUGAGCCCAAGGCGUACACCUGCUGGUCCACCGCAACCGCGGCGCGCGUGAACAACCACGGGGCGCGCAUUGACCUCACCCUGGCGUCCGGCAUUGCUGUUGCAGGAGCGGGCGUCCUCCCAGGGGCGAGGGGUCAAGGCGGGGAGCCCGCGAGCUCCGCCUCGCUCGGCUCCACCUCUUCGCUCUGCAUCUGCGGCGCCGACAUCUCGCCCCACCUCCUCGGUUCCGACCACUGCCCGGUGUGGGUGGAGCUGUCGUGGCCAGAGGCCGCCUGCGCCGUGGCGGCGCCCCCCGGCGCAGCUCGGCACACGUUCCCAGACAAGCAGGUCACCCUCCAGGGGUGGCUGCAGAGGGGAGGCCCUGACCGCCGUGGGAUCGAUGCUGAGCCAGCGGCUUCCACGGCACGCGCUGGCAGCGGAGGCGGCGUGCCAAAGGCGGCCCGGGCGCCCCCCCGGCGAAAGCCCAUGCCCGACGGCGGGACGCGAGCGACGCUGAAGGCCUUCUUCAAGCCUCGGACGCCGGGCGUCGCAUCGGGUGAUGACCCGGCGAGCACCGAUGCGGAAGCACCGCUGGAGGGAGACCUGGGCGGCCACCCAGGGACCACGACCCAGCCAUCAAUCUCGCAUCCUGCUCUUUCAGACCUUGGAAAGCCCGGUCACGGCUCGGCGGGGGAGGAGCACGGCGCCACGCCGCCCCACCCAAACCGGGCAGAGACCUGCCUGGCAGCUGAGCUGGCAGCCGCCCGCGAGGCGCACGAGCGACACCUGGCGGCAGCGAAGGAGGCGUGGUCGCGCAUCAAUGGGCGCAUGGCGGCGCCGCGGUGCCGGCAUGGGGAGCCUGCCGCCCUGAAAAAGGCCAAUAAGACCGGGGAGAACCGAGGCGAGGAGGGGAGAUGGUUUUACACGUGUGCACGGCCUGCCGGGCCCCCACCACAUGGCGACUGCAACUUUUUCCAGUGGGUGGAGAAGAGGGGUGGAUCCAGUGGCCCUGCCAUCGAGAAGCGCUUCAAGGGGGCGUAA